AUGAACACAAAAUUUAGUGCAACCACCCCAACUACAACCAUAGCCAUAACUACAACCACAGGUUCAACCACAACCACGACGUCGGCGUCAACUUCAACCUCAUCUCGACUAGUCCGCAAACAUCACGAGAAGAAAUGGGAUAGAGGUGGGGAUAGGGAUUGGGACGGCGAUGAUCAUCAUUGGGGACACCACGCCUGGGCAGACUUAAUCACCACCGACCCUCUCUCAUCAUCAACCCCGUCUCCCACAUCAACACCUUCCUGUCCUUCAGUCCGGAAUCAUAGUCCCUCAACCACAUCGCUCAUAUCCUCCUCCGAGUCAACUGCGCCAAAUUGCAUUGACAGUCUGGACGGAAGCGAACAGAGAUUUGAUGUUACGAGUUCAAAGUCCGUGCCGCUGAUUGUAGGGCUCGCAUGUGGCGUCCUUGCAUUAGUGACAUGCAUCUUGGCCCUUUGGUGGUUCCUUCGGAGAUCAAGACGCAAACAGAUUCUUUCACAUUCAAAAACGAUCCUAAUGACGCCUCGGAGCACAGCGUUGUACUUGACGGGUGAUCUCGAGAGUCAACGCCGGGCUUCGAAAGCCGGGCAAGAUGAUCUGAUGAGUGAGAAAGCCCCGCAGGAAACUCGGUCCAAUGCCAAUUUGAUAUCUGCAACGUCCAGCACCAUGAAUUCCAACCUCGACGUCCAAUCUUUGAACUACUCCUCCACCACGUCGCUGCCGAUCCCAUCAUCGCCAGUUCCCUUCCCCACACUCGGCGGUCAAGGAGUCGACUGGCAAGCAAGUCAUACAGAUACGUCGCACAGUCAUCGCUUUCCUCGUCGUACUCCUGCAGCCUCCGUCUCACAACCCACUAGGCCUGUCGCUGCCCGAACGUACUCGUCUACCUCAAACUCGAGUUAUCGUGUGCAUCCAACAGGGUGGCAGGAAAUAGUUGCCAACGCUCCCGGGCGCUCCUUGACUGGUUUCGCAGCUCAAUCCAAUGAUUUCUAUCGCGACAUGUUCGGCCUCAACGUAGAAAGUGAAAACAGAAUACAUCAGGCGAACCCAGACAGGUCAACGUCGAGUCCUUGUACAUCACUCCCUACUAGCCAAUGUCUGAUGUCGUCUCCGUUGCCAAUGUCAUCGGCACCUCUGACCUCAGUGCGCCCUCGUUCUAUGGCAGGCAGCCCACGCCUCAGCAGUGCCGGAGCAAGUCCCAGGAUGUCAAGGGAGAGCCGACGCCAGGCUCACCCUCCUCCUCCGCCUCCACCAUCUUUCCCACCUCCAGCGAUCCCCACAGAUCCAUCAUCAGAGCCACAGCACAGUCAGUCGAACCGACGGAGAGCCGCGACCAUAUCCUCCAUUGGUGACGGGGUAUUGGUAAAUAACUGGCAUCCACCGGCAUCGCCUUCCAAAGCGCGCAUAGUCGGAGGUGAAAACACAUCUUCAAAGGGAAGGCGAUCAAGGGCUCCGUCUCCAUCUUCGGCAACAAGGAAUCUGGUCGUAUCCCCACCCAACUCGCUGCCCCCACAUCGAUCGAACGAGACAUACCUUCGCCAGCAAAAUGCCCGUAGCAAUGUGUUAUCGAGCGAUGACUUUGUAGCCAGUCUGGAUCAGCUUGCCACGCCUUUGCCAUUGCCUAUGUCAUGCAGGUCAAGGUCUGCCAACACAUCGCGCGCGACAUCUCCUUCAAGAGCUCCUAAGUCCUAUUCUGCUCAGAAGAGCCCGAUGAUACGUCCUAACUUGAGGCAAUAUCACUCCCAUCACGGAGCAGAUAGCGAGGCUUCCAGGAGCACGACGAAGCUCCCGAACAGCACCGAGAUACAGUCGUGCGCUGAGAGAGAGAAGGCCGUGCAGGGGAUCAUCAGUGAUGCCCUUGCGAUUACAACGGCCAAGAAGGAGCAGCGAGAUCAAGAGACAGCAGCUGAGGCGUCGGAUUUGGAUCUACAGAUCAUGCAGACGAUCCAGGCACUGCGCGAGGUAGCCGAUGCUGUUCCUGGCAGCAGGCCGUCUUCACCGUGA